CCCGGCCUGGGCUUUGGAAGCCUGAGGAGCCGGAAGAAUGCAUGGCCGGCGGCGAGGCCGCGGAAUAAGGUGGCGGCGGGGCCCUAGCCCGGCUCCGGCUGUGGCACGGCUCGCGCCUGGUCCCCAGCGGCGCCGACACUCGGUCCCCAAGGGCCCGGCCGCGUUCGCCCAGGCUGGCGGGGAGGGGCGGCGGGAGGAAGCGGCGGGAGUCGGGACUACGGCGGAGCCGCCCCCACAGCGCCCUCUAAGGAAAGCGCGGUCGCUGCCGCCUGGCCCGCGCGCCCCGCCUGGCCCUGGCCUCAGACCCCUUCGCCUGCGAGUCGGGACCCUCGGCGCUAACUGGACGCUGGGCCAGGACCUCGAUUUUAUCUUCAAAUCAUAUACUGAAGUAGAGAUCUGAAUUAUUUGAAAUCAGCUGCUGGCAAGCCUACAGCCAUGAGAAAUCCCAAAGUGGGGCUGGGGGAUGUUCUUCUGUUCUGAGUGCUAUGAAUCAAACAAAGCCAUGGGCAGAAGAGUGAUACUAAAAUGCUGCGGCUUUAUACGUGGGAUUUUUAAAAUUUAGAACCAUUUAAGUUAUAUUAAUAUAUUGUUUAAUUUCUAAAGUUUUGGUAGCUUCAGUUACUCCGUGUUAUGCUGAACUGAAUGACAUUAUUUCAAAAAGCUGCUUACUCAUAAACAGGCCUAGUCAUAAGAAUCACUUAGGGUUCUUUUUAAACUCGGAUAUUAGUAUAUAUGCAGAUCUGCUAGAGAGCUUGUUAAAAUGCAGAUUCUGGGGUCCUAUCCCAGAGAUUCUGAUCCCAUAGGCCUGGAGUGGGACCCAGGAAUCUUUGGCUUUAAAAAGCAUUUUCAUGUGAUCUGAGGCAGAUGAUCUGAGGAUCUCUACAGCCUUGCUAUUUACAUCUGCCAACAUUGGCAUCACCUUGGAUAUUUUAUUUAUUUUUGACUUAUUUAUGUUUAUUUAUUUAUUGAGACAGGGUUUCACUCUGUUGCCCAGGCU